AUGGACUUACCAGAAACUGCUACAGAUCUGUUUAGUUUGGCAAAGUCUAAGUUUAAGGAAAAGAGAUACGAGGAAUCGACUGAUUUAUUCUCACGUGCCUUGGAAAAAAAAACUCUUGAAUUACAUUCUAACAAUCCAAUCAAUUUUGAGCUGGCAAAAUACUACCUUUGGUAUGGAGACUCCCUUCUUACCAAAGAGGAACAGACCAACCAAUUAUUAACAGAUCAAUACGAUAUCUUAAAUCCCACCAAUAAAGAUACGGAUCAAUCUAAUAGUGAUGAGACAAGUGGAUUGAUUGAUGCCCAAGUCAUUAUCGCACAAAAGGAAGCAGCUGAAUCUGAAACAGUUGCAAAUGAUGAAGUUGGGGAUGAGGAAAUGGCAUUUGAAAUGUUUCAGCUUGCAAUCAAAAGCUACAAUUCUGUAAAUUUAACUGCUAAUGAUGCCGAGGACCUAUCUUACUGCCACAUGAGAUUGGGCGAUAUGCUAAUACUGCAAAACAACUUUACCGAGGCGGAAUUAGAAUAUCAAUCGGCCGUAGAUAUUCGUAAAAAGUUUAAGAUGGAAGGGAAAAAACUGUCAAGUUGCUAUUUGUCACUGGCACAAAGCCAAAUGUUCGCUGGUAAGCUUGUAAUUGCCAAAAUGACUUUUAAGACAUGUGAAUCGUUGAUGGAAGAUAUACUCAAACUUUAUCCUAAUGAUGAAACCUAUACAUGUGCUUUGGAAGAUGUAAAAUUGCAACUGCAUGAUUUGGAUAAGAUAAUAAAGGAACAGAUUUAUGAGUUUUCCAAACAAAAAGGCAUACCAAUUGAAAGUGUACAACUCAAACAGGGUAGCCAAUGUGAUGCUGUUUCACUCAUACCAAAGACAACAGAUACAUUGGAUGAACCAAUAUUGGGUGGCGAAUCCAUUAUGAUUUCACCGGCCCAGUGUAAAACUGUGAUAUGCGGAACUAAGAAGAAAAGGAUCGACCUGACAAAUUUGUAUUAA